AUGGGGCUCAAACGGUGCGGCAUCAGCCUUCCCUUCAAGGCCCCCACGUACGCCACCAUCGCGGGGCUCCUCACCGUUGAGGACGAACCAUACGCAAAGGACCUCGCCAACAAGCUUGCAGACGCCGUCGGGAAGGACAUGGCCGCCGCUAUACGCGACGGCCACUCUGGCGUCGCACGGAGAUCGUUGCGCUUUUUGGCCUGUCUCUCAUGCAGCGCAAUGGUGUCGCCCAUUUCGGUAGCCGAAUACAUUCUCGUUUUGCUCGACGCCGCCUUGCACGAACUCACUCAAGCCAAUCGCUCAGAGUAUGGCGUGCACUGUCGCGGCGAGUUUUUGGCCGAAAUCGCCUUGAACGCCUUGCCGUGGGCUGCGCCUCUGCUCGCCGAGCGAGCGCCGGAGGAACUCGCCAAAAUUCUCGACGCCGCACGCAACAUCGCAGAGGCCUGGAAGGCCAGUACCUGGAGAUGCGUUGCUCCAGCCACAAGUAAGAGGUGCGUUGAGGUCUUUUCAGAGCUUCUCGAGGCCACUUUUGUGCUCAAGAACAAUGACUGGCAGUGUGCCGAGACCAUCAUUCCGAGACCAUAUGAAGAAUUUGGCGUCGAGCUCAGCGGGGGUCAUGAGAUUCUCAUGGCUCCGCUUGUCAUUCCAGGACAUUCCAAGCUCACGAGGUACUCGGCGCCGCGUUUUCGCCUGUUCUUGGUGAAUCCGAAACCGGAGGCGAGGGACCUGCAAAAGGAUAUGAAAGGGGGCGACAGCAAGCUUUUCACCAUGGGUCUUGCCUCCGAUCGAACACUGAUGGAGAAGCAUGUGUUGCGUGCGUACAUUGUCGACAUUGUAGACAACUUUUCGAGUAAUCAUGUCAUGGCUGCUGAACGACUGCUAACAUUUCCAAUGCUGAACAACGUGGAUGGGGAGAUUGUGGAAGGAUUGUUCUCGCAACUGUGCGCGAUGCCCGACCCGAAUUUUGCACCUGUCUACUAUGGCACAUUGUUUGUCGAUUUAUGUCGGGUGAAGGAUUCUCGUUUACCUGUCAAGCUUCUCACAGCUGUGGAGGCUAUGUUUCAGGACGCUGGCUUAUUUGACCCGGAAUCGUUUGAUCGGCUAACCGAAUGGUUUUCCUUUCAUCUCAGUAAUUUUGAGUACAAGUGGAACUGGUCUGACUGGGCUUUAUACGCUGACGCAGACAUGGUUGAGAAGUUUCCCUUCCGAGCCCUGUUUUGCAAGGAUGUGCUAUCCAGGUGCAUCCGGCUUUCUUACUACGAACGCAUUCUUGAUAUCGUUCCGGAAGAAAUGAAGUACUUUCUGCCUCCAAAGCCAUCCAGUGGGAACAAGUCUCGCUUUGACGACACAGUGAACGAUAGCUUGAUGUCAGUAGUGACAGGGAAGGACAAGCAGGAGGCGAAAGUUGUGAUGGAACGGCUUUGCACGCUGAUUCCAAUACGUUCUGUACCCCCAGAGCCAAAAUUGCAACAAAAGGCGGAAGCAGAUGCGAAUAAUGGGAGGUUGACUUCUCUUAUUCGUGCGAUUCUGUUGGCAGGAUGUAAAACUUUGUCGCACUUUGACACUGUAGCAGAGCGGUAUCUUGCACUGCUUCUCCAAAUGGCAGAAGCAGGAGGAGCCGAGGCAAGGCGGUUGGUGACUUUGGAGGUGAGCUGCUUCUGGAGCGAGGUGCACAUUCGACAAAUGUACGUGUUGGACAAGCUUUCGAUGCGCCGGGUGAUUGACGGGUUGGCUAUUAUUGAUUCUGUUCUUUCCGAGCAACGAGCCGACGGCCAAAAUAUGGUGGCGUUAGACGACGAUGAGUUGAAGAAAAACUUGUCUCAAUCGUCACGUUGGGAAAUGAUACGUCUGGUGAUGCAACGGGCUCGGGCACGAGAGAAUGGGGCGCGGACGGAGCUGACAGCGGCAUCGCAAGCGGCUGCGGCUGCAAACGAAGGAGAAAUCGAACGGGCCGAAGCGCGGUUGGAAAAUGCCAAGUCGGGGACGGAACGGGCAAAGAAGGAGAUCUCAGAAUUACUGCUCUUCUCCUUCCGACGUCUGUUUUACCUGUGUCAAAAGCUACUGAGGAAGGAUAAGAGCAGCGAAGACGACGACAUGGAGAAGAGCGAGUACAACCAAAACUUGCCUGGUUUUGACGACAAGCCGGUAUGGUUUUGGCGGUGCCUCGGGAUGAUCCGGGAGUUGGCACGCAAGCACCCGAGACAUCUGCCAAGCAUUGUGGAACAGCUCGAAUCGGAUACGGGGGACGCGCGCGAACAGCACCAAGAGUUGUGGGAUUCGUUCGACAUUAUCAAGGAAGUGGACGGGUGCGCGUUGCUACCAAAAGUGUGGUAG